GUUGCCUUGAUGCUGGUCAACAACAGCUGCUGUGGCAAACAGCAAAAGGCGAGAAAGUAGUUGGCGAUGUGACAUGUACGUCAACUAACGUGUGUUCACUGUAAAGGCUGUGUACGUGCUGUCGGCUGCUGGCGCGCUGUGUCUCUGAGGUGUGCUGCAGUCUCUUCACAGGAGCACCAUGGCAAUGUGGAUCCAGGCCCAGCAACUGCAGGGAGAUGCGUUGCACCAGAUGCAGGCCCUGUAUGGACAGCACUUCCCCAUCGAGGUGCGACACUACCUGGCCCAGUGGAUCGAGAGCCAGCUCUGGGAUUCAGUGGAGUUGGACAACCCCACUGAGGAGGCCAAAGCCAAGCGUCUACUGGACAACCUGGUGGCCGAGCUGCAGAGGAAAGCCCAGCUUCAGGGAGGAGAAGAUGGCUUUCUGCUCAAGAUCAAGCUUGGUCACUACGCCAAUCAGUUCAAGAGCACUUAUGACCGCUGUCCCUUGGAGCUGGUGCGCUGCAUUAAACACAUCCUGCACUCAGAGCAGAGGCUGGUUCAAGAAGCUACAAAUGCCAGCUGUGGGAGUGGGGGUCAGGCCAUGGACAGCCUGUCACAGCGCCACCAGCAGAUCAACCAGGCCUUUGAGGAGCUCCGCCUGGCCACGCAGGAGACUGAGAAUGAACUUAGAAAGCUACAGCACAGCCAGGAGUACUUCAUCAUCCAGUACCAGGAGAACCUGCGCAUCCAGGCCCAGCUGAGCAGCCUGUCCUCACUGACUCCAGCUGAGCGUACCCAGCGGGAGACCACCCUACAGAGCAAGAGGGCCACUGUGGAGGCCUGGCUCACCAGAGAGGCCAGCACACUACAGAAAUAUAGGCUUGACCUGUCAGAACAGCACCAGAAGACACUGGCUCUGCUUAGGAAGCAGCAGACUCUGAUCCUUGACGAGGAGCUCAUCCAGUGGAAGAGGAGGCAGCAGCUGGCUGGCAAUGGGGGUCCUGAUGAGGGGGGGCUGGAUGUCCUCCAGUCCUGGUGUGAAAAGCUGGCUGACCUGAUUUGGCAAAACCGACAGCAGAUCCGGCGCUGUGAACAUCUAACCCAGCAGCUUCCUCUGCCGGGCCCCAUGGAAGAGCUGCUGAGCAAACUGAACGCUGACAUCACUGAUAUCAUCUCUGCCUUGGUUACCAGUACCUUCAUCAUUGAAAAGCAGCCACCCCAGGUGUUAAAGACCCAGACCAAGUUUGCAGCCACAGUUCGCCUUCUGGUGGGUGGGAAGCUCAACGUCCACAUGAACCCACCUCAGGUCAAGGCUGUGAUUGUUAGCGAGCAGCAGGCUAAAGCUCUGCUUAAGAAUGAGAGCACACACAGUGAAAGCAGUGGAGAAAUCCUCAAUAACAACUGCGUGAUGGAGUAUCACCAGGCCACUGGCACCCUCAGUGCACACUUCAGAAACAUGUCACUGAAGCGGAUCAAGCGUUCGGAUCGUCGAGGUGCAGAGUCUGUGACAGAGGAGAAGUUUACAGUUCUGUUUGAAUCACAGUUCAGCGUAGGGGGCAACGAGCUGGUCUUCCAUGUCAAAACCUUAUCACUGCCUGUGGUGGUGAUUGUCCACGGCAGUCAGGACAACAACGCCACGGCAACAGUCCUGUGGGACAACGCCUUUGCUGAGCCAGGCCGCGUGCCGUUCAUUGUGCCGGACAAGGUGCUGUGGCCACAGCUGUGCGAGGCCCUUGAUAUGAAGUACAAGGCAGAGAUGCACAGCAGCCGUGGCCUGUCAGAGGAUAACCUGGUCUUCCUAGCACAGAAGGCUUUUACAAGCAGCAGCAACAACCCUGAAGACUACCGCAACAUGACCAUAUCCUGGGCCCAGUUCAACAGGGAGAGCUUACCUGGACGUAACUUCACCUUCUGGCAGUGGUUUGAUGGAGUUGUGGAGCUCAUGAAGAAACAUCUCAAGCCUCACUGGAAUGAUGGGGCAAUCCUGGGCUUUGUGAACAAGCAGCAGGCACAGGACAUGCUGAUGUCCAAGCCCAACGGAACCUUCCUGCUGCGCUUCAGUGACUCAGAGAUCGGAGGUAUCACUAUCGCCUGGGUGGCUGAAAAUCCCAACAAACCAGGUGAAAGGCUCGUCUGGAAUCUGUUACCUUAUACAACCAAGGAUUUCUCCAUUCGCUCCCUGGCUGACCGAAUCAGUGACCUGAACCACCUUUUGUUUCUCUAUCCUGACCGACCCAAAGAUGAGGUCUUCGCCAAAUACUACACCCCUCCACUCUCAAAAGCAGUGGAUGGAUAUGUGAAACCACAGAUCAAACAAGUUGUUCCUGAAUUCACGAACCCUGAUCCGAGUGGAGGAGCUUCCACAUUCAUGGACCAGACAGCCUCUCCCUCUGUGAGCCUACCCAACAACUUUGGUGUCUAUCCUUCUAUGAGUGAUGCCAUGUUGGAUGCAGAUGGAGACUUUGAUCUGGACGACACGAUGGACGUGGCCCGCCAUGUGGAGGAGCUGCUCCGCAGGCCUAUGGCCAACCAGUGGAGCAGUCAGCAGUCCUGAACCUGAAACCUGAACCUGCUACACCUGCUACAUUCAGGUCUUUUCCAUCUUAUCUAAACAAAGCUGCCACACCUGCAAUUUUUUACUGGACUGUAACUACACCGAGAAAUGUCCUGUCUUUAACAGGCAGGUACACAUCUCACUUCACUAUUCAUCUUCAAUUUUAGCUGCCCACUGGAGCUUUGGAGGAGAACAGGAAAGUAAAGAGCCAGACCUUUCUGUAGGGAAGUUAAACCUGCUAUCAAGAGUCAGCAGUGAAGUCAGAGGCUGGUGUCAACAUCCUUUCCCACUUAACAUAUUUACUCAGGACUGUCAUGUGGAGCUGGGAGGCUGCGUCAAUGGGAUUUUUAUACAAAACUUAGCUUUGCAUUCAUAUGUGCCUGAUGCGCUUUUAGCAGACAUGAGAGAGACUUUUGCAUACAAACUCACAGUAGACAGACUAGCGUCACUUCAAAUUCUUUUCAUUUUUCUUUUCCUUCACAUUGAUUUAAGGGUCUACAAGGAACUGAUUUUGUGUUGAUUUUGGCAGCCCAUGUGUUUCCCAUAGUGACGACUGAAUUUCCCAUGUGCACCACCAUCAUGUGUCAUGAAGAUCUUGAUCUGGCAGGUUUUUAAUAUUCUUAAAAAAAAAUACUGCUGUUUGCAGGAUGCAUAGCAAAGAAAUAAUGUAACUUACUUUUAUAUGAUGAUGUUUUAGUACCAUAUACUGAGUACAUACAGAUUACAUUUAAGCCUAUUGGUUGCUCCGUAACAGUCAUUUUGUAGAAAAAGCAAAAGUUAGCAACAUUCCUGACUCUUUUUGUAUCUUCAUAAUAUUAAACCAACAGAAAGAUAUACCUCUGUAGCAGGGCGAACAUAAGAUGCCAAUUGUAUUAGUUGUCUGCCUCCGUGAACUGUAGACAGCCAUAUGCAUUACAUACCUGUCUUGGGAGGAAGAUGGCCAAUUCAGAACCCACAAUUUUCUACUCCUUUUGAAUGACCAACCAAGCUCAACUUGUGUAUUCACCCCUGCUCUGUCAGUCCCUUCUAGCUUUUUUUUGCUCUAAAGUCAGUUCUUUUCUUUUCCUCAUUUCUGACCCCAAAAUCAAAUUGUGUAAAAGAAAAUUCCCCCAUAGCUUCCUUUAACUUUGUCUGGUCCGGUCUCCAUGCCAUAAAAAGUUUCAUCUGAUUUUGAAUCAGACUCAGCAAUGGGCAGGAACAGAAAAAAUCUUCUCAGUGGCUUAUAUAGGUCAUAUAGAGUAUAAGUAUUAAAUGGAGUUUCAUAACUAGUUAAAAACUCCUUGUAGCUGCUUUGAUGUGACAAAAUGCUGACAAAUUGAAUCUGCUCUCUAUUGCAGGUGACAUUAGUCAAUAAUGAUAAAGAUUUAAAGUAAAAAGACUUUGUAACUUUUACUGAACAUCAGCCACAAGAAAUAUUUUCAGAAAUAUUUUUGAUUCAUGGCAAAUCAAAUUUUCCUUCAAUUCCUAAAAUGAUCUUGAGUAAGUUUAAGGAUGACUGAGAGUGAGUGGAUGGGACAACAAGCAGGAAACACAUCACAACAAAGCGUGUCCCAGUCAGGUACACUGGAGCUCAUACUCUUUUAUUAGCUUAGCUGUGGCUUAAGCUUUAAGAUGGGAUUCAACCAGUGAUGUCAAAUCAAAAUGAAUGUGUCCUGAUGCUUAAGAAUGCCGAGGUUUAAACUGAAAUUAAACUUGAAAUAACUGCAGUUGAACUUAAAGGUAUCUUGUGGAGUUUUUGACCACUAGAUGCCACUAAAACUGACACACUGGACCUUUUAUAGUCAAACAUCAGUUAAACCAGGUGUACAACCAGCCGAACUUCAGGUUCAGAAAACAAAUCAAAACAGUUUCUCUAGUUAACUUUUUUUAGAACAGGUUUAACUGGACACACAGUAAACACAGCUCUGUUCUGCUAAGCUAACAGUCAGAUUUUUUUAGCAUGUUACAAAAAACAUUUUUGUAUUGUUUUACCACAGAAGUAAAACUCAAAGUGUCACACAUGAAGAAAAGAGUCAUUUAGCCAAGUCUGCUAACAUUACCCACCAAAUGCUACUGGUCAUACCAGACCAAGUAAGACUGCAGAGGCAAACCCCUGAGAGUACUGAACUGAACAAGAGUGACUUUAUUACUUCUGAAUGCAACUUUCUGUUUUGUGAGAGAAUGAUUUGUUUUCUUUCAUAGUCCUUCUGAUUUGAACGAAUUCUAAUAGAAUUUGAAAUCUAACUGUUUGGUGCUUCUUGUAUAGUAUUUUUUUCUGAAUUGCUUUGAUUUCAGCUGUUCUACGCCGCCUCAUAGUUAAACAUUCAGAUGGUCUUAGGUGUGAUAAUUUGGUGUCAUGAAUCAACUUCUAUACGUCUCCCACAGACUCAAGAAGGCUGAGUUGUUCUCCCAAAAAUCCCAAACUUCCUCUUUAACUGUGAGUCACUCUCUAACUGGAGGAGCUCUUGUUUUGAAACACAGUGGAACUGCGAUCUCACUGUACAUGAUAAGUUAUUAAUAAUAAUUCAACUUGACCUGAACCGUUGAACUUGAACACGGCCUCCAUCCUGAGACUUUUAAUUCAAAAAGAACCUGAGGAGGUCUCCCUUCCACAGGAUUGACAAAAGUGCAGUAGAUGUUGCAGCAGAAUAGAGCAAUGUAGGCAAUUACAGUAUAGACAAGGUUGGCAAAAGUCUAGAUGGAUUGACAUAUAUUAAUAUUAGAGACAAUUGUGUACUCUAUCAAUUGCCUGGAACGUUACAGAGAAUGACUAUCACAUGUUCACAGCGAAUCUUAAACAUGUGCUUUGUACAGUGGGUGCUAUCUUACAAGCUAAUCUAGUUAUCUGUCAAUGGAUUCCUUUGGGAGAGUUCUCUUACCUCAUAUUUGCUUCUGUCAUUCAGAAGCACUUUUUGAUCAUGUGUUCGGUACCAUUCUGUCAGAUCCAAACCCUCAUGAUGAAGGAAUUCAUGACCAGUCUGAAUCCUGCUCUGCACAUAAACCUUUUUUAUUAGAUUCUCACUUAUCCUGAGACAGAGUCUCCGUAGAUCUGUCUUUGCCUUGUGGAUUGUCAAGGGACAGGACAUUUUAAAAGACAUUGUCAUCAACACUGCACUACCACCAGUCUCAACCAAGGAAUGUCUAUACUUGUUUUUAGAAAACACAAUCCACCCAGAAUGAGCGCUAACACAGUAAAACCUCAGGAAACUCACUGUGAAAUCCAGGUAGACGAGUCCAAAUAAACCAAAUAAUGCCUGAUGAUGAGUGGAGAUGAGAUACUUUCUAACUCAUGCUACUUUUGCUUCUCAUGCUUUCUGUUCGAUUGUUAAAUAAAAGCUGAAACACACUUUGGUGGUGUACUAAAUCAGCGAACGCAAACAAGCACUUUGAUGCUCACACCAGCAGUUAUUUGAUGUUCUUGCUAAUACAGUACUUGUGUAUGUCUGCACUUCCUGUUUGUCUCAUGUAAUGUUUGUCUUCAGUGGAACUCAGCCUGCUGGCUUGCUGCAGCCCUGCUGUCUGCGUAUGUGCCUGUUUGGGAUCUUUAUUUUCUUCUGUAUUGUGCUACAUUUUGCUGGAAGAUUGAUGUCAGGAUUGUGGACAUGAAAAUAAAUUUUUUUUUUUUAAUUAAUCAA